UGUCUAAAAAAAAGUUUAAAACAUCGAAACAUCGAUAGUGCCAUCGAAGUUUGCCCAUCACUAAGUGUAUAGAUGUAAGUGUAGAUGUAGAAAAAAUAAAGUGAGAAUAUGGCGAGUCUCGAGGGCCAGCAAGAAAAUUAUUCGAAAGAUCCAUCAGUGGAAAACAUACCCAAGCGACCCGAAAGCCGAGAGGGCAGCGCCGAACGAAAAGUGUCCAAAGAUCGCGAGGAGAAACUGAAAUAUGCGCGCGAUCGACAGAAUGAGGAACGACAAAGAAAAAUCGAGGAGCUGCGGGCUCAAGCGGAGGCGGCGCAAAAGUAUCGCGAACAAAAGGAGGAGGAACGACGACGUCGCAUCGAGGAGAUACGCGUGAGAGAUACAGAGAAGCGGCAUCAGGUGGAGGAGCGCAAAAAGGCCAUCAUUGAGGCCGAAAAGGAGCGACGUGAAUAUAUUCUCAAAAAGAAUCAGGAGCGCGAAUCGCGAAUAGAGACAAAGAAACGCGAUAGAAAUUCGAUUGCUUUCGCUUUUGGAUCAUCGACGCCACGUUUAUUGGAUGUGCCGGCUGAUUAUGGCCUGGUAUCGCCCAGCACCUUUUGGAGUCAGCGACGAUCAACAUCCAUAUCGAAUGUGGCGGGCGCCUCGCUCUCACGUCGCAGUUCCGAGCGUGAACUUGCCGAUAGUGGUGCUAAGAAGCGUGCCUCUUCCUCCACGGACAGACACGAUGAUCAUCGACGCAAAUCUUCGUCCAUGUAUGAGGUGUUCAAUUGGGGCUAUUCCAAUGAUGAGCCGCCCAAGCGGUUUUCGCUCUCAAUCGCUGCCAAUGAGAUAAAUAUCGAUGGGCCAGCAGCGCCCAAUAAUCCACAAAAACUGAUUUCCACUACAACUACUACAACAACACCAACUGCGCACAGACAAAAUGUAGCAACAGCGACAGCUGCAAGCCACAACAACAACAACAAUAACUCAUAUCGUAAGGAAGAUAUCGUUGACACAUCACAGAACAUUAUGUUCCGAAGCGUUUACCGCAGGAAAACGGACCUCAUGCCGACAAUACCCAGCCCCCGAGACGGGCAUUAUGGUUCGCGCAGCUCACUGAGCACCACGCCCAGAACCCCAGGACGCGCCUAUUCGAUGAACCGCUUGGACCAACUGGCCCAGCCGAUACGACGCAAUGGCGAACAUGUGCGCGCCAUCGUGGAGCGGGAGCGACGCGAACGUGAACUGGAAAUGCUGGACGAGACGGCCUCCCUCGGCGGCGGCAGUGGAAGGCGUGGCCACUUGUCGCGGGGCAACAGCAAUCGACGGGCUGGAAGCGCAAGUGUGGGCAGCGCCAGUGGAAGUUCAACGGCUGUGGGCGCCAUGUCGAGGAGCAUGACCCAUUUGGCUGGUGGAGUAGGUCAGCAGCGUGAGCGUGGAAAGUAUUCACUUGGUGGCGGCAUCUCGACUAGCUUUCGUCCCUUGGGCAGCACUGGUCAGCGUGAUUCCAGUAAGAGCAUGUCACAGAUUAGCUAUUCGUGGUCCCAAUUUGGCACAGCAAACAAUCCACCACAAUCAGCACAGCAACAACGCCAAUCGAGUCUUGGCUUGCAAACGAGCGCAACUAAAAAAUAUCUACAAUCAUCAUUUGCCUCAUCCCUCAACAAUGCAUCCUAUACGACAGCCUCAGCGAAUGCAACUAGGCGUGCCCAGCAGCAAUAUGCGAUAUAUAAUACAACAACAACAACUACUAACCCACACAACAACCACCACCACAACCAACACCACCACCACCAACGUUAUCUCGAUUUCGAUCCAAACUCAUUGUUGCUCAUGAACUCUUCUAGUUUGUUAGUGAAUGCAGGCUCGCGAUCAGGGAAUGUGACACCUGGCGGUCAUGGACACUUGAGUGGCUCACGUCCAGGCAGCGCCAUGUCCACAUCCACAACGUUGUCCACAUCGGGAUUCGUGCCCCGACGUCCAGGCACAGCCUCCACACGCAAGCCACGGCCAGCCAGCAUUGCCGGCACCGGCAUGUCCCUCGAGGAGAUCAAUAAAUUGAAGAGGGAUCAGAAGCCGCCGGUGAAGACAACGAGCGCCUCGCCAUCCACGUCUACAGCACAAACGACACCCAAACGAACCGCGAACCUGAUGUCCACCUCAAUGAUUGUCACCUCCAGUUCAACGCGCAUGCACAGCGCCGAGAAGAAGACGCCAUCGAAGCGGGAGCCGCUGCUGCCCAAGGCCGCGUCCGCAUCGAAGGCACAGCAGCCGAGCCGCACCGCCAGCUCGGAGCGCAUCAGUCGACACGCGAAGGAGUCGAUCAACAAAGUCCCUUCGGUCAUGAGCACAUCUAUGAUUGUUACCUCCACGACGACCACAACAAAAUCAACAGCUGAAUCCGCUCCAGCAACAGCUGCACCCGUACCCAAGGCUAACGGUGUGGCAAAGGAGCAGCCAGAGCAAGAUGCAGAGGUUCCAACAGCUGAGGUUGCAGCGCCUGCGGUCAGCAAGGCCGAGAAGGAGGCACUAAACACUGAGCAGGCGGAACAAGAGCAACAGGAGUUGGUGCAAUUGGUGGAAGCGAAGGCACAACCAGAGCCAGUUGCACUGGAAGAGCAGCCACCAGCGGAGCCAGUUGUUGCCCAUGUGGAGGAGAAGGCCGACGAGGGCAACGAGAAACCAACACAGGAGGCAGCAGUUGUCGCUGUGGCGAAGAAGACAUCACGCAAUGGCAGCAAGGAGAAUUCAGAGGUGCGUGAACUAACGCCACCAACAACAGCUCCAGCUCCAGUUGCAGUUGCUGGACUCGCUGUUGAGGGUGGCAACGAUUUGAUGACCGCAUCGAUGAUUGCCAAGAAGAUCACGACAGAGGAGGAGGCAAAGGCGGCAUUAGCCGAACGACGACGCCUGGCCCGCGAGGAGGCCGAACGACAGGCCGAAUUGGAGCGACAACGUGUCGAGGCUGAGCGCCUCGCCGAGCUCAAGGCCCAGGAGGAGGAAGCCGAACGUCAGCGACUCUUCGAGGAGGAAUCCACACGUCUUGCCGAGGAGCAGCGUCGCGGCGAAGAGGAGCGUCUGCGCAAGGCCAUCGAGGAAGCACAGCAGCGCGAGGAGGAGGAGCAACGACGACGCGAAGAUGAAGAGCGUCAGCGCAUCGAACGCGAGGAGGCCGAAAAGAAGGCCAAGGAAGAUGCGGAAAAGCAGCGCGUCGAAGUCGCCGAGCGUCUCAAGCGUGAGGAAAAAGAGCGCGAGGAGCGACGCAAACGUGUCGAGGCAAUUAUGUCGCGCACUCGCAAGGCUGGCGCAGCUGCCACGCCCAGCAAGGAAUCAAGUGACGCCAAGGCUGUGACAGCGGCGGCGCCCAAGGAAAGCGACAGCAACAGCAGCAGCAGCAACAACUCGACAGGCGGCUCACCCAACAGCAGCAGCAGCACAGACGCUGCUCCAGUUGCGCCCGUUGCUGUGGCACCCACAGCAGUGGCAGUCGCCAAUGCUCCAGCGGCACCGGCAGCUGUUGCGGAGCCCAUCAACAGCCAGGCGAUGUAUGAGCAAUCGGUGCUGGACAAGGAGAACUCGCUGAUUAACAGUUUCUCCAACAUGAUUAUCGACGAGAAUGCCAAGAACUUGCAUCCGUUUGACGUGAGCAACGGCAAGUUGCAUGUGGAGACCACGACAACAACAAUAACAACAACGGGAGGAGGAGCUGCUGUCGUUGUGCCGCCCGUAGCAGUGGCCAAUGGCAAUGGCCACAUUGAGAAUGUUAACAAUAAGAAUGACAUCAAUCUGCUGCAGGAUGCAGUGAAUCCAGUGGCCGUCAGUCAACUAAUUGAUCUGAGCAUUGAGUCACAACAAGAUCUGCACAUCAACAACAACAACAAUAAUAACAACAACAACAGCUUGCUGACAAGCACAGCGGCAACCACCACGCUAGUCACUGCUGAUAGUCACGAGAAUAAAGAUAUAUCGUUGCUGUGAAUCCGAUGAGAAGGAAACCAAACCAGAUUGUUUGUCGUAAAACUAUCUACAAAAAAAACUGAUAUAUAGCUAAAUGUGUGUGGAGUAUUUAUUUAUAGAUUGAGAUAGGAUCAACAAUGCGAUGAUGCAACACGAUGCGAUUCAAGACGGAGUCGUGUCGCGAUGUGUGUUUGGAGAAUGUGCAAAAAAGAAUGCAACAAAUUAUGGUUACUAGAGCUAAACUAACAAACAAACAGGAAAACAAAAUGCUUAUAUAAAAAAAAACAACUAUAUACACUCUAUUAUACAAAUAGAUAUAUAUCUACAAUAUAUACAUAUGUAUGUAUGCAUUAUAAAAUGAAGCAGUCAAAAUAACUGCAAGAGACCGAGAAAAGUGAAGCUGAUGAAGCAAAAACCGAGUGCAUGUAAUAUUAGUUAAGAACUAAGACAAAAACUAAACAACUAAAAACAAGAGAAAAAUGAGAGAAAUUUUUGAUGAUGGAUGGAUGGAUGAACGAACGAACGGAUGAUAAUGAUAAUGAUGAUAAUCAGCCUGACAAUUGGUUAGCAAUUCGAUAUCAAAAAAAGAAAAUUAAGAUGAUCCCAAAACGCGUUACGAUCUAAUUUAAUUAUGAUUAUUAAUUAUAAUUAAUGCUAGCAACAAAAUCGCUUCAAAAGUUUUUGCAAUUUUUUCGAUUAAAACGAGUCUAACUUGAACUUGAGACGCAGCGUAUAUAAUUGAAAAUUAUAUAGAGAAUAGUAAAGAAAAACUGAAUUAUAAUACCCUUCAAAAAAAAACAAAGAAAAACAAAAACAACAACAGCAGAAAGAAAACAACUCUGCUAGUGAUCAUGAUCAUGAAGACGCCGUCGCGAUAUGCAAUAUUCAAAAUAUCCGCUUAUGCAAUAUUCUACAGCCAGCCACGCCCACGCUCCACGCUCGCCCCUAAGAGAGAGUUUAUUGCCCAAUUUUUUGCACAGUUGUUUUAUAAGUUAAGUUAAAAACGAAAAACAAAACAAAACCGUUGAGCCAACGAAUCGUGAGGUAUUAUUUAUUAGAAACAAAAAAAAAAAACAAAAAAGAAAAAGAAUUAUUUGAAAUUAUUUGCUGAUACUGUCCUAUGUCCAAUGCGAUUCGGAGAGAAUGUAACUAUUAUACUAUAUAUAUAUAGCAUAAUCACAGAUAUCAGAUAUCAGUGCUUAUACACACACACACACACACACACAUUAUACAUAAAUAUAUAUAGAUAUAUAUACGUAGGAUCUGCGCCUUGCAGGAGUCUUUGUCAAUUCUGAUUAUGCUUAUGUCUUUUUUUAAUAAUAUUAUAGUAGCGUCUCCCCUUCUCCCAACAACAAAAAAAAAAACUCACUGUCUCUCUCUCUGUGUAUAUUAUUUUUGCGUCAAUUUACUUUUUUGGUAAACAUACUUUUUUAUAUAUACAUCAAAUCUAUAAUUGUAAUUUGUAUUUAUCCAUGUGCAAAAUAAAUUAUGAUUAUUUUUUAAUUACAACUAGCAAAUUAUUUAGCAUGCAAUUUUUGCCCCCACCCCCCACAAUCUUCCCCCCAAUUGUAAAAACAUAAAUCUUUAUACAAAAUACACAAAUUCAAUAGUCUAUAUAAUACACACACACACACACACUCUGAUCAACAAGUACUUGAGCGCGAGGGCCUUAAACAUGCAUGAGAGCAAAGUGAAGAAAUGGGGAAAUUCCCUAUUGAGAUCCCUUUAUAAAACAACCCGUUAAUCUUUAGUAUAAUCAAAAUACUAAAAAAAAAUAAAUGAAAAACAUACUUUGUCUAGUUAAAUGAAAAAUGCUUUUCUUAUGUUAAAACAAAACAAAAAUUAA